GUACAGUAUUGAAGAUAGAAGUAGAAGUGACGAACUUCAGUCGAAUUAUUUCGACUUGUCAUUAUUAGUUUUCGGUUUCUCAUUAUUGGGUUAAUAUCUAGUAAAAAUGGUUCAACUACCAAAUUAUCUAGAUUAUUCAGGAGGUUCAAUUCAACGCCAAAUUAAUCCUUAUGCAGAUAAUGGAGGAAGUGUUGUUGCGAUUGCUGGAGACGACUUUGUCGUAAUUGGUGCAGACACUCGUCUUAGUUCCGGAUUUUCCAUUUUUACUAGAGAACAAAAUAAACUGUUUCCUCUCUCAUCUACAACAAUUCUAGGAUGUGCUGGUUGUUGGUGCGACACGUUGACUUUAACCAGAAUCCUUAAAUCACGUAUGCAGAUGUAUCAACAAGAACAUAAUAAAACAAUGUCAACAGUAGCAUGUGCUCAAAUGUUAUCUACAAUACUGUAUUACAAAAGAUUCUUUCCUUAUUAUAUAUCAAACAUUCUGGUUGGUUUGGACAAUGAAGGGAAAGGUUGUGUGUACAGCUAUGAUCCAAUAGGACAUUGUGAGAAAGCCACAUAUAGAGCAGGUGGAUCAGCAGGUGCUCUACUUCAGCCUUUACUUGAUAACCAAAUUGGCCAAAAGAACAUUCUAAAUCCAUCAACCGAACCUCUUACACAAGAAAAAGCAUUGGCUACCCUCAAGGAUGUUUUUAUUUCAGCCGCAGAAAGAGAUAUCUAUACUGGAGAUAGCGUAUCUAUCAAAAUUAUUACUAAAGAUGGAAUUAAAGAAGACACUUUUGAUUUGAGAAGAGAUUGAUUCAGUUUUUCAUUUGUAAUAAUAAAAUUGUAAUGUUCAAAUAAACUCAUUUGUGUAUAUUUAGUUUAAUAUAUAGAAAACCUUUGAAAGAAC